AUGACUUCAUCAUCUAACAAAAAAACCAGAAAAUCUAAUCGUGAAGAGGAAAUGAUAUGUGCCUUUGUUGAGUCCAUGUCUCAGUCAAUGAGAAAUCAACACGUUAUUCACUGGACUGAGCAGUUGGCUGCAGUGUUGAAGGAACAUAGGUCUGAAUAUUCUGAGGAGUUCCUCGAUAUGGUUUUAGACCAUUUAUAUGACAAUGAACGUGAAGCUAGGAGGUUUUUCAUAAAAUCCAAGGAAGGUCAGCAGAGGUACAUCACAAAAUUAGUUAACGACCAAGAACAUCUAUGUCGUUGUGGGAUUGAUGAAUUGGUAUAUUUGCAAUCUUUGUUGCAGCUCCUGCUGCAGCUGGGGUUUGGUGCUGUUUUGUUUGAGCUUGUGUAUCUUUCAUGCUCUUUGGGAUUGUGCCUGUUAUUUGGAGCUUGUGCAGCUCCUGCUGCUGCUGGGGUUUGUUGCUUGUUUACCCCCUAUCUGCUGGUUUUGAGCUUGUGCAGCUCCUUGCACUUGAUAUGUGGCAAUGAUGAUGAUCAGCGUUUACUGAGAAUGCAAUCUAACUUACAUCGUUUAUUAUAUCCAGAUGAGGCAAAAAGCGAUGAGAUUGCAGCCUACAUUGAAUUGACAAUGUCUAGGCGAGAAUUUGUACCCAAUUCAAACAAGAGUUUUCAUUACAUCCUCAAUAGUUUUUGCAAGUACAGCCUCCUCUCUCCGCCCUCGACGGCCGCCCUCGACGGCCGCCGAUGCGCUUUCUCCGGCAUCAGGCGGAGGGGCUUCAACGUCCGAUGUCGCCUCCGCUGCUCCUGCGAGGGGGAGCUAUCGAAGAGGAGGAGGAAGUGUUCUCCUGUUCUGGAGAGUGCUUUUCUGCCGAAUUCUGACGCUUCGCCGGCGAUCACCGAGUGGAGAUCGGUUCCGGAUAUUUGGAAAUCGACGGCGGAGAAGUUCGGGGAUCGAGUGGCCGUGGUGGAUCCUUAUCAUGAUCCGCCGUCGGAGUUGACUUACAAGCAGCUCGAACAAGAAAUUUUGGACUUUUCUGAAGGUUUAAGAGAUAUUGGAAUCCUUCCAGAUGAAAAGGUGGCACUCUUCUCUGAUAAUUCAAGCAGGUGGCUAGUUGCAGAUCAAGGAAUCAUGACGACUGGUGCUAUUAAUGUGGUUCGUGGAACAAGAUCUUCUGUCAAGGAGCUAAUUCAGAUAUAUGAGCAUUCUGAAAGCGUUGCUCUUGUUGUGGACAACCCGGAAGUUUUUAAUAGGAUUGCUAAAUCUUUCCUUCAAAGGGCAGAUAUACGUGUAAUUCUUUUGCUGUGGGGUGAAAAAUCUCAUUUAAAAGAUUCUUACAGUCCCAAAUAUGAUAAAAACAUACCUCUAUAUGAAUAUAAGGAAAUCAUAGAACUGGGGAGAAAAAGCCGCCAAGCUUUGCAUGACUCUUGCAGCAAAGGUCAACAUUAUGCAUGUGAAAUCAUUGAUCCUGAUGACAUAGCAACGCUUAUGUAUACAAGUGGAACCAGUGGCUCGCCUAAAGGUGUAAUGCUUACACACCGGAAUAUCUUGCAUCAGGUGAAGAACUUGUGGGACAUUGUGCCUGCAGUAGCUGGAGACAGGUUCCUAAGCAUGCUUCCACCUUGGCAUGCAUAUGAGCGAGCUAGUGAGUAUUUCAUAUUCACUUGUGGUAUCGAGCAAGUUUACACAAAUGUGAAGAAUUUAAAGGAAGAUCUGAAGCGGUAUCAACCACAAUACCUUAUUUCUGUUCCUCUGGUUUAUGAAACACUCUACAGUUCAAUUCAAAAGCAGAUCUCUUCGGCCUCUGCUGUUCAGCAGUUUGUCGCACUUGCAUUCAUCAAGAUCAGUCUGUUAUUCAUGGAGGCAAAGAGAGUGUAUGAGGGAAGAGUUUUAACGGGAAAAGAGAAUCAACAAUCGGCUAUUCUCCUUCUGUUUGACUGGUUGUGGGGAAGAAUAUUAGCUGCAAUUCUAUGGCCAUUGCACAACUUGGGUAUGAAGCUAGUUUAUAAGAAAAUUCACUCUACCAUAGGAAUAUCAAAGGCUGGUAUUAGUGGUGGUGGAAGUCUGCCAAUGUUUAUUGACAAGUUUUUUGAGGCAAUUGGCGUGAAGGUGCAGAAUGGUUACGGUCUAACAGAAACAUCUCCUGUUGUAGCUGCUCGACGACCUUACUGCAAUGUACUUGGUACGGUUGGGCACCCACUUAAUGACACAGAAAUUAAGAUUGUUGAUAUAGAAUCUGGUAAGAUUCUUCCAGAUGGUUCAAAAGGCAUAGUCAAGAUCAGGGGACCACAGGUGAUGAAAGGCUAUUAUAAGAACCCAUCAGCUACAAGAGAAGCUGUUGAUAGAGAGGGCUGGUUCAAUACUGGUGAUAUUGGUUGGAUUGCUCCCAAACAUUCUACAGGACGGGAUCGUGAAUGUGGUGGAAUGCUUGUUCUGGAAGGACGUGCCAAAGACACAAUAGUUCUUAUCACCGGUGAGAAUGUGGAACCAUCAGAACUUGAGGAAGCUGCCAUGAGGAGCAAUUUGAUCCAACAAAUUAUGGUCAUUGGUCAGGAUCAACGUCGUCUUGGUGCUCUAAUUUUGCCAAACCAGGAUGAAGUUGUAGCCUUGGCAAAAAAGUUGUCAAAUCUGAAUGGUGAUGCUGCUGAGCUCAGUAAAGAGAAGAUAUUGGGUCUGUUGUAUGAUGAAUUAAGAAGAUGGACGUCAGAUUGCUCGUUUCAAAUUGGACCAGUAUUGAUAGUAGAUGAACCAUUCACAAUUGAUAAUGGUCUGAUGACUCCAACCAUGAAAAUAAGAAGAGACAAGGUUGCUGAGCGUUACAAAGAACAGAUUGCGAAUCUUUACAAGUAAAAGGUUAUAUGGAUGUUCUACAAUGGGAGAUCUUUUACAUAGAUAGUGUAAAAAUAAGCUGAAUUAUUUGAUAUGAUUUGUGUCUAGUGAAAUAAGUCCUUGUGCAUCAUUUAAUUUAUAAUGUUUCAGUUAUAGCUAGUGUAAUAUCUUUCCUCUAUGAAUCGAUAGAGACCUGGAUUGUAAGUGCAUAUUUGUAACAGUAAAAGUAAUGCAGACUUCAUGAGAUGCAGUUUGUAUACUAAAUACUGCUGAUUAUUUAUGAAACCCUCGUCUUCUUACUUGACUGAUA